AUGUUUCGGGGUCAGCGGCCACGUUCCCAGUCCGGACUGGAACCCGAGUGCAGAAUUCCUUGCAAAUGUCUCACGCACCCACUUAACGUUUACCGAACAAAGAAAGUUUUUAUCAAAUCAAGUGCUUCUUCCCACCGGACACCGGAUCCCUUGCAAUAUCUCCCAGUGUGUUUUGAUAUGGCGCGCUACCAGCUCCUCUGUUUGAUCAUCGUUGCCGCGACAGAUAUCAGACCAUGUUUUGCUGAAAAUACAGACACGUUAAAAGAACAAGAAAACACAUUGCCAGACCUUGCCAAGGAAGUGGAAGAUAACAGCCGUUAUAAAACUUUGGAAGCCAAUGCUACCGUAUUGAAACUAUUGGUUGAUGAUAAAAAUGGGGUGAGCAGAUCGGAAGUGUUUGACAUGCUGCAUUCUCGCGAUGAUAACGAAAGUCACAUGGAUCUUCCCACUUUCCCUGAGGACUCUGAGGAUGCUCGUGCAGAGGUACCCAUGUUGCCGGAUGCCCAGGCUGAGUUAUUGCAAGGUCCCGAUGAAACAGUACAUAAGGAUGCUCCGAGACUGUCAGGACGACUCCGGUACACGGGCGAGCCCAUUGGAACUGCUGCCGGCAUCAUGGUGGCGGUCACCUGCACCAUCGUGUGUCUCGCCUACACAGCUCUUAUAGUGUGGAGGAGGAUAUACUUGAAACGAAAUGGCCUCAAACAUGAGCUGCUGAGAAACGAGGAGAAUAUCGCCGAGACUAGAAUAGAUUUGUGA